UACACAACACAAGAUAUCGAAGCCUUGUACUCUCUCGCUCUCUCUCUCACCUGUCCGAAACCCUCAACGACAAAGGAGCCAGGAAGGCGCGAGGGGAGUUCACUGGCGAAGGAAUCGAACGGGAUCUCUGCGUGUGAAGGAGAAGAGGAGUUGGUGAGAUAGGCAGCGGAUUUAAGCUAAAUCAGCCCAUUGCCUUCAUUUAGAUUUGAGUACUGCUACCCAACAGUUUUUGGAUUAGUUGGAUUUUAAAAAAAUGAAGGACCCGUUCGAGGCCGCUUACGAGGAAGAGGAUUCACCGCCGGCAUCGCCUCCGCCGCUGCCGGAGGAGGAAGCUCCCACCAUGGAAGGCGAAGAUGAGGAGGUGGCUCCCGGAUCACACCCAUCGGCAGCUGCUCCCUCAAAUGUGGCCAAUGCUUCCACCGUGGCCAUAGGGGGAAAGGGAAAGGAUGAUGAAGAGGAGGAGGAGGAGGAGAAUAUGGACGUUGAGCUGAGAAAGUUUUCCUCCACUGGUGACCCCGACAAGAUGGCCAAAAUGCAGGAAAUUUUAUCUCAAUUUUGUGAGGAGCAAAUGAGUCGAUAUGAAUCUUUCAGAAGGUCUGGUUUCCAGAAAUCCGUCAUGCGGAGGUUAUUAGCGGCUAUCACUGGAUCUCAAAAGAUUUCUGUGCCUAUGACAAUAGUGGUAUCUGGUAUUGCAAAGAUGUUUGUUGGGGAGCUGGUGGAGACAGGUAGAAUAGUUAUGAGAGAAAGGAAGGAAAGUGGACCCAUUAGGCCUUGCCACAUUAGAGAGGCGUGCAGAAGACUUAAGCUCGAAGGAAAAGUACCAAGAAGAUCAGUUAGAAGGCUCUUCCGUUGAAAAAAUGAUUUACUUUUGUUAUCAUGUAGCUUUUGCCUACUAAUUUCUAGUACUACGUAAAUUCUUUCACAUAUACAGAUUUUAAAUUUUCUUUUUUGUUGUUUUUCUGGUUUAUCAAAAUCAAUCGAAGUGAUUAGAAAGAGGUUGAACCUACAAUACCAAAGUUACCUGAACCGGAUCAAAGAAUGAUGGAUUGGAUUAGGUUUUUAUUUUCAGUUUUAAUGGUGCAUUAAAAUUUGAGAUAUGGCUUUUAUUUAAUCA